CUGGGGCGCGCUGUAAACGUGCAUGUCCGUGUUAUCCUCUCGUUCGAUCCUCCUCCCAUGACCGUCAGCCGCCGCUCCUCCAGAUCUACCCGCGACCAGUCCUCUGAAUCCUCACGAACUCCACCUUCAUGGCGCUCGCUAUCCAACACCAAGCGCACCACGGCAGCACCGCCGAGCGUCUCGCUCGUGCUGGCCGAGUUCGAUAGUCAAUCAAAUCCACCGCCGGCGCCGGUCAUUGAAGCCACAGAGUCCAGCGAGUCGGGCUCUGGCUCGGGCGAGUACUCGAGGACGCGUGAGAGGCUGCUGUCCAUAUCUAGCGUGCAUUCUGGGUCCAUCCCGCUGCGCCAUUCGCGGUCAAGUAUCCUGCGCCAGGGCUCAUCCGUGGAGGAUCAGCAGGCGGCCGCAUCGAUGUCCGGAAGCUCAAGAGACUCUGUUACCGACCAUAUCCUCACAGACUCUCCGAAGGAUUUGGGCGAAAGCGGUGGCUUGCCGCCACAGAUGUCUGGUGCGAGUACAAUUACAGGCGUACUUCCUGAUACUAACGAGGAUGCGUAGCCUCAACUUCGUCAUUACAACCCAGCCCGGCAUCCGUCGAUCCUGCAUCCACUUCCAACGCGGCGGCUGCAUCCUCUAUAUCCUUUCCCAGCCCUGCGGAAGAACCUUCGAGAGAGACCCCUAAGCCGGACCUCAAGGAACCUGCGAUUGACGCGGCAGCCUCCCUCAAGCGCGCCACCGAGCCUCCUGUACCAAAGCGCUCUUGGUUCGGCUCAUUGUCUCGCUCUCGGGGCGCCAAGCUUGCAAGCCCGCCGCCAGC